CUACAACGCGCUUUAACGCGUCGCGACUCCUUAACCUUCCAAGCCAGCCUCUGACGACAAGACAUCCACCUCGCGAUCGCCCGCUUUAUCUCAACACAUCAGUCACAAUGCCGGCAGUAAGGGCAGAAGAAAAGGGCGAAUCGUCCACCGCCCCCCACAAGGCUCUCACAGCGGAUAACAACGCAAAUCCGACCUACGAGCUGCCAUGGGUGGAAAAAUACAGACCGGUUUUUCUCGACGACAUUGUUGGAAACACGGAGACGGUUGAGCGGUUAAAGAUCAUUGCUCGCGACGGCAACAUGCCGCACCUCAUCAUUUCGGGCAUGCCCGGCAUCGGCAAGACGACCAGUGUCCUCUGUCUGGCCAGGCAAUUACUAGGCGACGCGUACAAGGAAGCCGUGUUGGAGCUAAACGCCAGCGACGAGAGAGGCAUCGAGGUCGUCCGGCAACGAAUCAAGGGCUUCGCCCAGAAGAAAGUCACGCUGCCGCAGGGGCGGCACAAGAUUGUGAUCCUCGACGAGGCCGACAGCAUGACCUCCGGCGCGCAGCAAGCCCUCCGGCGAACAAUGGAGAUCUACUCCAACACGACCCGCUUCGCCUUCGCCUGCAACCAGUCCAACAAGAUCAUCGAGCCGCUCCAGUCCCGGUGUGCCAUCCUGCGGUACGCCAAGCUGACGGACGCGCAGGUGGUCAAGCGGCUGCUGCAGAUCAUCGAGGCCGAGAAGGUCGAGUACAGCGACGACGGGCUGGCGGCGCUCGUCUUCACCGCCGAGGGCGACAUGCGGCAGGCCAUCAACAACCUGCAGUCGACCCACGCCGGGUUCGGCUUCGUGUCCGGCGACAACGUGUUCAAGGUGGUCGACUCGCCGCACCCGAUCAAGGUGCAGGCCAUGCUCAAGGCGUGCUACGAGGGCAACAUCGACUCGGCCCUCGACACGCUGCGCGAGCUCUGGGACCUGGGCUACUCGAGCCACGACAUCAUCAGCACCAUGUUCAAGGUGACCAAGACGAUACCGACCCUGAGCGAGCACGCCAAGCUCGAGUUCAUCAAGGAGAUUGGCUUCACGCACAUGAAGAUCCUCGAGGGCGUCCAGACACUGCUACAGCUGAGCGGAUGUGUGGCGAGGCUGUGCAAGCUGAACAUGGACCCCAAGAAGUUUGAGCUACCGAAGAAGUGACGAGAUAGCUGAAAGAAACCAAGAGAUACCCAAGUUAUGCUGAAUUUGUGAACAUGGCAAAUGACGCGGUAUAUACACACACACACACACACACACACACACAUAUAUAUAUAUAUAUAUACACUUAUUAAUCGUGGGACACCUAGCACCGCCCUUUCCGAUCUCCUCUCCUUCUUUCUUUACUCGUCGUCGUCGUCGUCGUCCUUCCCAUACUCCUUCUCAAACCUCUCCCAAUAAGCCUGCUCCAUCUGGAUCCGUCGCUGUGCUCUCAUCCGGGCC